UUGCCUAGCGACCGCAGGCCCCGGGCCGGGCCUUCUUGAGCUGCUGCUGGGAAGGAGCUGGGAGCUUUCCUCCCGCCAGCCUUGGAGGCCAGGGGUUUAUUGCUUCCUUCCCUCCUCUGGGGUCUUCUCAUGCCCCUGGGGGUUAAACAGCCUCCCUAGGACAGAGACCAGUUCUGGUGUACGAGCCCGUGUCCUGCCUGUGUGCCCAGACCCAGGGAGAGCUCCGGGGCAAUCUGAAACUCCCGGCUUUUUCCAAAUUACAUCGCUCCUCUAAUGCUCUUAUCCUAUUUUCCUUUUAGAAAUAAAAUCCACAAAAGAGGAAUUUGCAACAGAAGCAGCAGAGGGACCCCUGUGCUCUUGCACUGUGUAAGUGUUGUGGCCCUUCUAGGCCUUGACACACUGAACUCCCAAGUGUUGAACUGAAGGCAUGGCUACAGCGCAUCCAGCUGUGCUCCAGGUGUCAUCUCAGGGCACAAAGGAACGAAACCAGCCCCCGGUAAUGGGCAUUGCGGCUCCAAAGAAGGCAGCGAUGGCGUUAGAUGCCAUGAAGGUGUUAGAUCCACAUUGGUUAAAACCUGAUAGCAUUGAAACAGAAAGAGUCGUAUCUGUCUUGGAUGAGACGACUGCCAAGCUGGAGCUGAGCUGCUUGAUUCCACGCAUUAUCGACUCGCUGGAUAGGUUUUCUGCUCUGCUGGGACCUGAGAUCACAAACAAGCUAAUUGAGCACCAAAAGCUUUCAAACAAAAUGGAGCACCUGCUUGCCAGCCCUGAAGAAGAGGACACCAUGAAAGCUGAGGAGCAAAGGGUCUCUCUCUGCUCGCUGGAACAAGAGCUGAAGUGUUCUGUUAGAAAUAUCCUGAGACUUUUACUGGCCAGCCCUUCACUUUGUAAGGCUCUGAAAUACGAAACUAGGCCAAGAGAGCCACCAGCUGAAAUGUUUAUUGAAGCCUUUAGGGAGUUCAGGAAUUUCGUGUUUGAGCGACUCCUGACUAGUCCCACAGAAGAGGAAGAAAUGGGUCGGUUCAUGGAAGAUGUCUCCCUCCGGAUUAAGAAAAACACCGAAACAAUCACAGCUUCACAGGCAGAACUGGUGGCAGCAAUCUGUACUCGAGAUGAGGAGGUUCAGAAAAGGGACAAUAUGAUCAAAGACCUCAAAAAGAGCAUGCAAGAUCUAGCUGAAGACUGCAAGACCAGCAUUCUGCAGGUCAAGUGGGAAGGAGAAAAACAGCAAAAAGAGGAGCUGCAAGCUUCUCAGGCCAGGUGUGCCAGCCUACAGCAGGACGUUCAGCAGCUAGGAGCACAACUCAGUAAGCUGGUACUGGAGCAUCAAGCAUCAGAGCUGGCUCUCAGAAAGAGGAAGUGCAGAGCAGAGACGGAAAUUCUGAACUGGAUCCAGAAAUAUGACACAGACAUGGCAGAAAAACAGGCUGAGUAUGAGGAGGUUCAUGCUGCCUACACCAAGGAGAAGGCCCAGUUGUCCCUGCUGAUGGAGAAACACGCUCUGCUUCUCCAGGAGUAUUCCCAGAUCGAGGAGGAGCGCAGGAUAUGUCAGGAGAAGAAGAAGAAGGCUUUGGAGGAGUUGGCCACCAUGACCCUUGCUGCCACCCGCAUCCAGGCCUUCUGGAGAGGCUACUUGAUUCGGUCCACCUUCAAGUUAAAAAAGAAGAAGAAGGGCAAGGGCAAAGGCAAGGGCAAGGACAAAAAGGCUAAGAAAUAAUCACAGAAUCUAUUUUCUUUCCUUCAUCCUCUCCUGGCAACGCUGCUGACUCCUCUGAGACUGAGCUCGUCCAGAUAAAUGCAUUAGAGUUGAGAUAAUAUUUGCAUUAAGGCUCCAGCUGUCCAGGGGUGGAGCUGCCUCUCGUAGAUUGGGUCUAUCAGAGCGGUGGCAUGAAGACGUGUCUCUCCAUUUCAGGUUUAGCUUUGCUGCUCUGAAAAGGAGGAGGAGGUCUCCUGGUGAAGGGACUGGGCCAGGAGUGCAGAUUCCUGGCUUCUCUUCCUUGCCCAUACUUUGGUUGUGUGUCAGCACCUGCUUUAGAACUUUACCCCUAACUUUCACCAGUACUGACACACAAGGUGUAGAGAAAUGGCACACGGCCCAACAGGGUAUCACUCCUGGAAAUCCGCAUUUUUCAUCAGGGGAUAUCUGAAGGUGGGAUGUGGCACAGCCCAGCUCAUGCUCUGCCCCGAUCAUACAAGUUGCUCCCCAAGCCCAGCAGCAAACUGUGCCCCAUUUAAUGCCUAUUCCCGUUUUGACAGCACACUCUCCUCUGGAUUCUCCAAGGCCUAAUGCCCUGAGAGCACUCUGCAGCCUUUCCCUUUCACAGGGCCAGGAGUUACUUUAUUUAAUUCCUCUCUCUGCUUCUCAUUGUCAGUAACCAUGCAGAAACUCUGUAGCAUGGGGCUCUUUGCUCCUGUGCCUGCCAGGGCUGAAACUGGGCACGGGUGGAGUUACAGAGGUUUGACUUUGAGGUUUUACUUUCUUGGGGAACUAGGCUGCUGAAUGUGACCAGUGUGACCCGGGCAGCUCCUCUCACAUAUUCUUCACAUUUAACAAGUCUCAGAGUAAACAGCUUUUUGAUCCAGACUGCCCGUGACAUUUCUGCACUCCCUGACUUCAGUGGCUCGUCACUGCAGACUCUUUUCCCAGGAGAGGGCAGUGAUGGUGGCUGCAAAGCCCCAGCAGCCCCCAGUUCUUGGCUGCCUCUCUACCCCCUGCUCAUAAAUGGGUACCUGCAGCAAACGGACUGUGGUGCUAUGCAGACCAAGGCGGAGAGGGACCAUUUUCCCAUGGGCAAAGAGGCCCUGGAAGUGUUCAAAGCCUCAGCUUGCAGCGAGGGGAAGAUCACGCAGCAGAGCCCUGUGUACCGAAUACACGGCCCUGCCAGAUCUGCCCUGGAUUGUUUGGUUAAAAGCACGGGGUCACUGUGACACCUCCUUAACACGCUCGAUGUGAAUCAUGGUUUUUUUGCCAUCGUGUGUCCAGUCCUGUGCAGGAUCCCAAGUGCACGCUGUGAUCACCCACACCUGGACCCAAGGUUAUGACAGGCAGGAUCAGGUGAGACUCAUCCCUCCUCAGCCAUGGCCAGCGGAGGUUUCUUCUCUAGUUUGCAGCCAGAAGAGAUUGCAGGAUCCGUGGAGACUUUCGCAAGUUGGUACCCAUGUGGGUAGUUUGGGGUAUGAUUACACCAAGAAGGAAUGUUUCAUCUCCAGGUAGGCUUCGGUUUACAAAUACCCACAGCCCUUGAGUUCUUGGCAAAAGAAGGUUUGGACAUGCUUUUUUAAAACCCUUAACAGAGAAUGUCAGCGUGGUGCAGCGGUUGUUGGACGCUGAUUUUGAUGCCUUCCUGUCCGAGUUUUUCUAAAACUUCCAGAUGUUACCUCCAGAUGCCAAACCCUAUCUGGAGAGAUGUUCAGCUGGGUGGCAGUCCCAGAACACCUGAUGGGAACCUUUCAGCCUUUAGGGUCCAAAUUUCUCUCAGACUGUUUCCAGACACAGGACUUACCCAUAUAAGCUGUCUCAAUAUCUGCUAGUGCUGGCGAUGCUGGCACUCAUGGUUGAAGGUCUCUCAGGGGUGCCGCUUCAGAAUGCGAGGAAAUGUUCAACCAGCUUUAGCAGAGCAGAUGCAGCUCUGUACAGAGCAGUGGAUUGAGUUCAGCUACAUCUUUUUUCACCCUAGGAGCUGCCUGGCCCAGAUCCUCAGCCUUGGAUCCAAAUCCAUUUUCUGGAGAUGUUUCCGAGGCCUGUGUCAGAGGCUGUGGGAGCCUCUUUUCCCCUUGCUGCUCAUCACUGGCUGGCCCCAGCCUCAGCAUCUCUCUGCUGCUCAGUCUCAGACUGGCCAUUCAGUGCUAAUGGCACUUGUUCACAAGACUUUUAUUUACUGCCAGCCUACUGGGACCCUGUAACUGUUGUGGGGUCACCUGUGGGCCUCAUGUCACCCCACCUGCUCCUCCUUCCAGCACAGCCUCCCUGCCUUGCAGUAGA